GCCCGAUUAGCUGGGACUGGUGUUUCCCGACAUGCUGGGUGCUGUAUGUGUGGGCAUUUAACAGAAUUGGAUCGUGAGGACUUGUACUGUAGAUUAUAGCCAGAGCACAGGACGCCACAGGGAAGGCAAUGCCAUAAGUGGAUUGUAGCACAGCCAGACAAUGUCUGCAUUGUAUAGUUGCCUGAAAGGUAAAAAUGACACGAUUAUGGCUGCAAACCAACCGGAAGGGACGCGGUCUAUAGAAACUAAAGAGGCUCCUGAAGACGUUUCAGGAAAAAAGAAAUCUAAAUUCCAGGCAUUCAAAAAAUUGUUUGUCAAAAAGAAAAGAAAGGAAUCCCCAGCUCCAAGCACAGAGAGCAACUUAAAACCCAGCCAGUCCAGCAGUGAUGUCAGUGCAUCUGGGGCCAACACAACUGCCUUCCAUCCCGCUGAUGAACCUGUGGCCCGAUCAAAUAUGGGAAACAAGGCGGUGUCCCAUGACAGCGUGUUUGUUUCUGAGAUGGAGAACUCCAGCAAGGAGGAUAUUUCACAAGAAAACACCCCUGGGAAAGUGAAAGUCUUGCAGCUCCAGCUCCAGCAGAACAUCCGUAUAGGCUCUCCACCGCAGGCUAUUGUCCCCAAGAAGCUGGAGGAUUCUGGGGCACUUUCAGAAGACGAUGGGUUACCGAGGAGUCCUCCAGAGAUAACCUCAUUGCAUGACAUUCUUGCACAAUCAUCGGGAAAGUCUACAGGCAGUGCAAAGAGACGCAGCUCUUUAAGUUUAGAAGGGACGGACAGCGAAGAUGAACCGGAAUCUUCUGAAUCAUCUUCACACCUUAUAAGUCCAUUGCACACCAAUGUGCAUUUGUGUCCCAUCUCCCCGGCUAGCCACUUUCCUCCAGUAGAUUUUACUUCUCCGGCAACUUUUGUGGCCUUUCUGGAUUAUUCUGCCGCAAAGCACAAGAUUGCCGUUAAGCCAAAGAAACGGAGAAGACCAGCCAUGAAUGUGAAGCCAACAAAGGUUGAGGCACAGCAACUUCCUUCUCCAGAAAAACGAUCUGCAGAGCAUGAAGCACCAAAUGAACAAGUGAUAUGUACAGAAGACAUGGCUGUACAGGAAUCAGAAGUGGACAUAACCGGGUCACUUAGUGCAUCUGAAAUGAACGCCUCAAACUUGAGUACAGAACUUUGCAAUACCACUGUAGAUUCUGAAACCUCUCCUCUUGGGAAACCAAUAGCAUCAGUCCAAAAUGAAUCCAUGUAUAAUGAAGCCGAUGUGAAUUUCCUUGGAAAACAGCUGUCCAUAGGAGAUCUGUCAGACACAGCUGAGAAGGAUACAGAAAGGAAAAAAGAAAGUUCUUUACUUUUAAAGACUUGUGGUUUCCAACCUUGUGAAGCGCAGAAUGAGAUUGCAGCUAUUGAUAAACGUUCUAAAUUCAGUCAUUCCAAAGUAGAAAUUGCUCAUUUAGACCUCAGCCAAGAUUUAGGAUAUGGUGUAUCUGAAAGUUCCAUUACAAAGCAGGAGGGCACAUUAGAAUCUGGAAUGGAUGAAGGUAUUGUGAACGAAGUUACAGAUGAGAAAGCGUUUGCCUGCUUAUCACAUGUCCAGAAUGAUUUGCCAGAAGUAUCUUUACUUGUAAAUGAGACCUCUCAAGGAAAUGUGUUGAAAACAGAACCAGUUACUGCUGUCGCAAAGGAUAAUGAAUAUGAAGAAAUAGGUACAUUUGCUCCAGAAUGUGUUACAGUAUGUGAAAGUGUUCAUGCAGAAAGCCCGGUAACAAUGGAAAUAACAUUAUCAGAAGUAAUUACAGAAGCAUCAGAUCAAUUGGUUGAAAAUGUUGAGGUUGAUGGAUCCAUUGAAAAUGAACCAUCACCAUUUGAGCAGAAAGUAGAGACAUUUGACUACCAAAGGAUUAUCGAGAGCAGCAAGGAUCAGUUUGAUGUUGGUAAAGAAAGUGUGUUGGUUACUCAUACGAAUUACUCUUUCUCCAUACUCCCGGGCGGUGGGGCUCAUGACAGUGAUUUGUCUAAUAAGGAGUCUUCCACAGAUGAUUCCAAAGCAACUAAACCAGCCGAUGCAAACACUAACAGUAAACUUAAAACAGCCAACAAACCAGUAAGGUUUACUGUAGCCCCAGCAUGGCAAAGGGCACUCUCCACUGGAUCUGAUGUCAAAGAUAGUAUAUCCUGCAAGAAUAUGGUAGCUAAUACAGUCAGGUCUGAAUCAUUUGAUGGUACAGAUGAUUCUGUCAUGGACGUUAGUUUUAGGAAAAGUGAAAAGUUAAAUGAAACUGUUAAAAUGAAAAAAGAGGAGCCUUGUAUACCUUUUGGAGUCAGGCUAAGGAGCACUUCGUCUUCUGUAAAAUAUAGUGAUGAACAUCCUGAACAUUUGAUUGCUAAGCAAAGCUCAACUCCUGUGGACACAGGGUCAUUGGCUCCAGAUCGCAGCAUGCAUACUCCUGCCAAGGCUCUACAUAUUCAUUCCGAUGUCCUAAAAAUUGGAAAACCAGCUCCUACCAGUGAAGAUCGAACUCAACUGAGACCAAAAGCAGAAGAACUUUCACCGCGAGAAAAUAAAGAACCUGCGUGGAUUACAGUGGCAAAACUGAAGCAGAAAGGAUUCCAGGGUCAUCCGCUUGCUAGGGAGCAGAGUGUUACGACUGAAAGUGACAAAGCCGAGGGCAUCACAGAAUGUUUUAUGAAAAAGAAUAUCAGUACACAGGAGCUAGAUGUAAAGAAGUCUGAGCCAGCAUGUACUGACAUUCCAGGUCCAAGGACUGCCAACAGAAACACGGGCUCACCCAUAACCUCCACUGUACAGCCGCUAAUGAAAUAAUGGAUGGAGGCCAUCUUGAAGAUGACAUUGAAGGACCUGGUGGAGCUGAGGCAGUAAAGCAUGAUGCAGGAAGUUAUUUUGCGAUUAAAAUUAAAACUAGACACGGUAAAUCUGACCUCCAGGUACCAAAGAGUUCAAGUGGAGAGGAGACCUUUCUGUGUCUGUGCCGCCAUCUGAGAAUUCCCCCAGAAAACAUAAGGCUGGUCUCUAGAGGGAAAUUAAUAACCACAGAGAACAUUACAUAUUUUGUUGCAAAUGGGGCAGUAUUUCAGGCUUUCGGGGAGGAAGCUGAGGAUGAAGCUGGGUUAGAUGUGAGAGACAUUGAGGUGCUGAUGGCACAGUUAUCUGUGGAGAGGAAUGUAGCUGUGAAAGCACUGAGAAGAACUGGGGAUCUGAUAGAUGCUAUUUUAUAUGUUAGUGAUAACCAGUAGGAACUCUGCUUAUCUUGUACAUACUGUAGUGCAUUGUAUGGAGACAGUCAAAAAAUGUCAGGCCUGGAACACAUCGCAACAUUGUGGUCUCCUUCCACUUUUUAUUGUAGUAUUUAUGGGUCUGUGAUCUGUGUGGACAAAAUGAAAAGUCUUUGUACAUUGUAACUAUUUGUGUCCAUCACUAAUUGAUCUGUACAGUAACUUUUAUUUUUUGCCAACUUUAUUGAGAUGAUGUUCAGCAUCCAGCCAUUUACUAUGAUAUAAUCUCUGACCAGACUAAUGAUGCUGUAGGUUCAUGUUGGUCAAAGCAAGAAGCGGACAGACUUUCUUUUACUGCUAUGGUCAUAUAUAGAACUACUGGAAAGCAUAGAAUAUAAACAUUAAACUACAGCUUUAAUUAUGUCUGUAAAAUAGGAAGAGAGCUGUAAGGAUAUAUGUUAUAAAUAAACCAUCACCUUCCACCUUUUCUGAUUUAUUGUAGGUCGUGGUGGUUCAUUUUCAGAGCACUUUGUUUGUUAUCCGGUCUUUAGGUCGACCACUAUCAACAUGCAUUAGGCCGACAUGGCAAAGGUCGACACAUGAAAAGGUCAACAUGAGUUUUCUAAAAAAUAAAUAAAUCAUUUUUAAACUUUUUCUUACUUUACGAUACACGUGGACUACAAUUGGGAAUAGUAACCUGUGCCGAGUGCAGCGGUAGCGUAACGAGGGGACACGAUGCACUAAUUGGGGUUCCUGGUCACUUUACGAUGAAAACGACACAAAACCCCCGAAAAGAAACACUCUUGUCGACCUUUUCCCUGUCGAUCUCAUGACCAUGUUGACCUAUUUUAGGUGCCGACCUCGCUGUCGACCAAUAGUGGUCGACCUAAUGACUGUCGACCUAGUUAGGGUCGACCCAAUGAACCACACCCCUUUGUUUAGCUGUACUGCUGCUUUUGGAGUGUUAAUAUUUAACAUUUAAUUUAAUGGUCAUAUUCUUUAAGAUAUUUUUUAUUAAAUGCUAUUAUUCAUUUACACUUUGGGAGAUACUAUAAUGGGGUAUUUUAUCAAUGGGUCAUUCCAUAUCAAGUGCUCCAGUGCAAAUGACCUUACUAUUUACUUUUAUUUUCACGCAUACUAUGAGUGUCUCAAAUAUACAUAUAUUUUUUUUAAAUCUCCUGUAGUUUUUGAGUUAUGUAGCACAAAUUUUGGCACUUAUGGGCACACAAAAAUCCUAUUUUUUAGGCUAGAUUAAAAUGCUUUCAAAGACGAAAACCAUCAUGUUUAGAAAAUAAAAUGCUGUAAUCUGAUAAACCAGAAGACUAGGUUUAAGGAAGUGAGCAUUUCAGUCACAGACUCCAAAAUAUAAAAACUGAUUUCCAAAAAAACAUGGUUUAAAACAUUAACAAACUUUAUUUAUUCCUUAAUAUUUUAAGAUGGUUCAUACCAAAUGUCAAUGUGGGAGCUCAAUGGGAUCUUAUAUUUUUUGUAAUUUUCGUUUAUAGUUACAUGAAUGAUUCAGAUUUUACUUUGUCAUACAGUCAAGUAUCACAAAAAAUUGUGACAAUUUUUGGUGGCAUUUGCUAUUUUCUUAAUAUUGUAUUUUUUUUUAAUAUAUAAAUUAAUUUCAUUCACUGUCUUCGAAGUCAGCAAUAUUUAAAGAUGCAUGUAAAGAUUUAUUUAUUUUUGGUCAUUAAAAAACAAAACUGGUAAUGUUAUAAA